CAUGUUCUCGCUCUAGCUCGCCGGUUGAAUUACAAAAGGGAAUAAUGCAUGUAUGCAUAUAUGUUUCUCAGAAGCUGGUUAUCUUAACUAAGCUUAGCUAGAUAUAAAUAGAGCUGCACAGGACCAAGUUUUCUUCACUCACUCACCAUCAGCUGCUUCUCUCGAGCUUAGUACUAGCAACAACCAGCCAUGGGAAGUGAGAAGCAGCAAAUUGCUGGCCUUGCUGUGGUGGUAGCAAUAGCAUUGCUUGGUUGCGCUUGCGAUGCGAGCCCCCUGUUUCACUACCCGAUGGUGCCCAGGCAAAGCCCGGCUCCUGGCUAUUCACCGCUCUCCGAGGACUACUACAAGGGCAAGUGCUACGACCACGACGUGGAACUUAUCGUCAAAGACGUUGUGUACAAGGCGUUGAGCGAGCCUUACGGCCGCGGCAUCGGCGCCGGCCUCAUCCGCCUCUUCUUCCACGACUGCUUUGUCCAGGGUUGCGAUGCGUCGGUGCUGUUGGACCCGACACCAACCAACCCGGAGCCCGAGAAGCAUGGAAUCCCCAACCGCAACAGCCUGCGCGGCUUCGAGGUGAUCGAUGCCAUCAAGAAGGCGGUCAAUGAAAAGUGUGGCAACAUCGUCUCGUGCGCCGACAUCCUGGCCUUCGCUGCGCGCGAUGCCACCGUCUUUCUAAGCAAAGAAAGGGUGGGCUACUUCAAGAUGCCCGCCGGCCGUUACGACGGAAAAGUAUCCCUCGCUAGCGAGACCAUCCCCAACCUGCCCCCGCCUUUCGCCAACCUCGAAACUCUCAAGGCCAUGUUCAAGACCAAGGGGCUCGAGACCGAUGAGAUGGUAACCCUCUCCGGUGCCCACAGCAUCGGGAUCUCCCGCUGCUCGUCCUUCAGCGACCGAAUCAACGCCUCUAGCCCCUCGGACAUGGAGCCCGGGUUAGCCAAUGAGCUGAGAGCUAAAUGCAACAACCAGCCUAGUGUCACGGUGGAUCAGGAUUCUGUGACUCCUGUGGACCUGGACAGACAGUACUACAAGAACGUCCUCAACAAGAAAGUGUUGUUCCAGUCAGACGCCGUGCUCUCAUCGGGGGAGACCGUGGGCCAGGUGUGGCUCAAUGCCAAUUGGCCGGGCCUGUGGGAAUCUAGGUUCAAGGCAGCCAUGGUGAAGAUGGGCAAGAUCGAGGUGAAGACCAAGGACAAUGGGGAGAUCAGAAAGCAGUGCAGGUCCAUCAACUAGUAGUGCUGAUCCAAUGACCGCAACAAUGCCAGAAAGAUCUGAAUAAGCUCGUGCUUUUUUGCCUUCUGCUAUUUUGGAAUUUCAAUUAAUCGUUGUUGAAUUAUUACUGUACGUACUAUUUCUUUUCCACGUACUAAGGUUUUUGUUCAGUCUUGAAUUACAUUUGAUUGAUUGUACCAAAACAGUUAUUGGUGUACGUACUUCAUAUCAAUUAAUUAAUGAGAUGAUAUUUUUUGUUUGUUUAA